AGUAAAAUUCAUGGGUCUGUGUUGGUUUCAGAGGAAUCUGUCCUGUGUCAUACAGGUCUGGAAUAUCAUUUUUCAAUGCAAGAAGACCAGGACAAUUUAAGUUGAAAGGAACUGUGGGGACUUCUAGUCUGAAUCCCUGCUCAAAGAAGAUGUGGUUAGGUUGGGUCAGAGCUGCAUUUAGGGAGGUUUUGAAUGUCUCCAAGCAUGCAGUUUCCACUCCAUUCUUCAUUCAAGUUCACUGUAUUUUAUAAGCCUCUGGGUUUCGUCAUUCAGGACAUGUUUUAAGCACUCCCCCAGUCAGGAGGGAGCAGGCCAUGCGGUGAAUUUUGGUCUUGUGGUCUCUGUUCCUUGCAGAUAAGGACUUCACAGCUCAGCAGUGGCCAUGAGGAUCCUUUACCAGCUCCUGGCUGUCCUCUUCAUGGUGCUCCAAGGAGUGGCAGGUCAGCACUUCUUCCCUAGGCCAGUCGACCCUUGUGUACUCCAAAAUGGAAUCUGCUUUCCGGGGAUAUGUCGGCGGCCAUAUUACUGGGUUGGAACGUGUCAUAAUGGAGGUUCCUGCUGUGCGAGGGGGUGGAGGCACUGAUGACUCCCUGGAUUCUCCUUGGAAAUCCUUUCCGCAUCUACCUAGUGGCCUCUCAAUCACCCUGACCCCAUCACUCCUGGUGGCACAUCUUGCUCUCACAAGUUUCCUUUGCACUGAAGCAAACAACAGCAUCUGUGAAAACAUAAAUUUGGACCAGGCCUCACCACAGAAACCAUUUCUUUCCUCCCUUUAAUAAAAUUACUUCUGAUGGCA